GUCAGAAUAGUUUGGGGAUUUAGAAACAGGCUAUGAGGCAUCCGCUGUGAAGCAGUAAGUGUUGGAAAAAUCUUCCAGGAGCACACACAAAGCAGAGAGGCAUCUUUCUGGCAAUCAGGAUUUAUGUCUCCGAGAAUGUGCGUGAAUUCAUCCAGAUUCACCGCCCACACGCAAAAGUUACUGCAACUUCACAAAACCCUUUCAAACCCGUCCAACCGGGCGUCAAGACGAGCUCGUGUUUAAUGAUCAGUGAGGUCAACUGUGACAAUCCCAAACUGGACGAUCAGGAAUUUGUGGAGCUGUACUAUGAAGGUACGAAUCCUACUUCUCUGGAUGGAUACACGCUUGUGUUCUACAACGGCAAUUCAGACAUGGCGUACCGGGUCAUCGAUCUGAGUGGACACCACACGGAUCACCGAGGUUUUUUCAUAGUUGGCUCUUCUGAACUCACUCCUCGUCCAGCCAUCUUUCUUCCACUCAACUCCAUUCAGAACGGGCCCGAUGCCAUCGCGCUCUACGGCCCCAACUGGGCACCGGUUGCCGAAGGGGGACUGGUUUCAGGAGUGGGGUUGCUGGACGCCGUUGUGUAUACUUCACGUAGAUCCGUAGAUGGCGCCGACGGCCUUGCGUCCGUUCUGACUCCUGGCUCGGUCCCGUACGUGGAGGAUGAGACAGCUCUGGAGGGGGACGAGUCCAUUCAGCGCUGCUGGCAGUCAGAGAACUUGUGGUCAUUCUACACCGGCCCGCCAACCCCUGCGUGGGUCAAUCACUGCCCACCGCCGACCCCUGCAGAGGUCUGGAUCAAUGAAGUCAACCUCGGUGGGUCGGACCAGUCGGGCCAUGUGGAACUCAGUGUUGGCAUGGCAACUGGAUCAUUUUCAUUGGUGCUUUAUGAUGUUACUACGGAUCUGAUUAGCACGAGUCAGGCGUUCAUUGCAAAAGAGCCUGGAAUAUUCGCCGUACCCGUGAAAACAACGAGUUUGUCAGGGCUACAAAGUGCAGCACUGGCGUUGUAUAAAGGCCCGAUAUCAGACUUCCCUAAGGACGGCCCCCUCAGCCACAAACAGCCAAUCGAUGCCUUUGUUUACGGUGACUCUGCCCACAUGCCCAGUGACAACCUCACAGAGACACUCAUUCCAGGGAGAAAACCUUUCAUUCUCACAGAGAGUUUUCUCACAGCAGGUCUUCAUGUCAGUCGCUGUGGUGUUGCCGAAUGGACGAGAGAUCCGGGACUGUUUGUAACAAGGCCCCGGAGUCCCGGAAAACCCAAUGACUGUGUUUGGUUUCAGUCCUGCCCGCUUAACAUGACCUCUUUCACAGAGUCAGGACGGAUCCAGCCCCCGAUUCAUAGCGAUGUUGAUUUCCUGCUUAACGAAAUCAACACUGACUCACCAGGAGGAGCCGAGGAUUUUAUAGAGUUGUGGCAUCCGUCUGGCUUCCGUAUGUCGCUGGAUUUCAUCUGGCUGGUGUUGAUCAAUGGACAGACUGGAAAAGUGUACUAUGAGCUGGAGCUGAAUGGAUCUUACACAGAUGAUGACGGAUACUUCCUGAUUGGCAGUUCGAAGGUUGGCCCUGACAUUAGAAUCUCAACGGACACUAUUCAGAACGGACCGGACGCCAUAGUGUUAUAUCGCAGCAAGUCUCCGCCCUCUAAAGAGGGUCAGAAUAUUCCCAAAAGUGGUUUGCUGGAUGCGGUGGUCUACCGCACUCGUUGGUCUGAUGAAAAAAUGUCAGAGCUAACGGAAGCGCUGACACCAGGACAGCUCCCUCUGCUGGAGGACAUCAGUGCGCUACCCGCUGACGAGACCCUCAGUCGAUGUGGGGCCCAGAGACUCAACCUCAGUGCUUUCAGGGUCACUUCUCCCACACCAAGGAAGCAGAAUAACUGUCCUUCCAAACCCACCAUACCUCCGCCUCCUGAGGGUCUCGUCAUCAAUGAAUGGAGCAAGACCUCGGUGGUGAUCGCCAACGAUUCUCAUGCAGAUUGUGCCCAGGAGGAGUUUGCUGUUUUAUUAGAGCUCUUGUGUAACUGUGGGAUCUCAAGCUUGCGUGUUAAAGGUGUGAAUGUGUCCUGUGAGGCGGGUCGGUUGUAUGCACAGGGAUCUGUUCUUGCUGUCUCUGACCAACAGAGGGAGCGAAUCAGUGAGAUACUGAGUGACAACAAGCUCUUAUGUUCAGCUGAACAGGAGCUACAGGUUCAUGGAGCGGGGUCGUCGGUCGCUCUGCAGGUCUGGCUUGUGCUCGUGGUGCCCCUGCUGUUCACACUGGGCGUCCUGCUGACUACCUCUCCAUGCAGCUGAGCGAACAGGCCGAGGCGCCGCUCGAUCUCUAGUGUGUUUGCAUGAGCGUGCGUGUGAGUGAAGAUGAAUGUGUUUUUACUAUAAAUGAAUGCAGGCUCACAGUUUUAUCAGAAACACUUUGAUUAUGCAAUGUUGAUAUUCCAGAGAUUUUAUUAAGACAUCAGGAUGUUUGAUUUCUUUAGUGUUCCAAAAAUCAUUCUUUUAUUGUAUUUCUGUUUCAUAUUGUGACUUUGAAUUGAAUUGUCAUUAGUUAGCAUUAAAGACUGUAAAAAACAAUAAUAGUUAUUACUAUAAGUAGAAAUCAGCAAAAAAAUCCUUCAGAAUCAAAACAAGAUCAUUCCAGCAUAAAGUUCAUGUUAGCAAUUUUAAAUCUAAGCAUAUUGAUGCAUAGCUUUAUCAGUGUUUAUAAAGUCUGGCUGUUUGUGAUUGCCGUAGUUGCUGUACAGAAUCUUUCUGCGGGUGUUGUUUGUUUUAUGUGUUUACAGAUUUUCUUUUAUGCAUCUGCACAGUAUUGUCAGUUGUUCUCAGGGUCAUCAGAGCAGUGUUUGUGGCCACAGACGCAUCUCUGUGUGUAGAACUAAUGUGCCAUUAUGGUAAAACAGAGCAAGUAACAUUACUUAAAGUUCACUGUUCGCUCAAUUAAUUUCCAUUCUCAGUUGUUAAUUGAUCUUGAGAUAUCCCAGUGUUCUGUCACUUUAUUGUCGUUCUAGGACUGACAGCACUCAUGAAACUGAAUCAGACAGUCAGCUCGGCAAAACACAGAUACAAUUUUGCAAAUGUUGCCUUCUCACUGGUUCCUUAUAGGAUUUUUUAUGUAAUUGAUUAUUUAAUUACCAGUACAUUUGGAAGAGGACAUUUUCUAAAAUAAUACA